AUGGGUCCUCCACCUAAUUAUAUUAUCACUAGGAAGUUGAUUCGUCAUUUCUUUAGAAAAUACCUACCAUAAUAACCUAUCACUAAAGGUAACGAAGGAGAAGACUUGGCCUAAGCAGUGUCAAAAUAUGGUAUUGAUCAUCCUUAAACAAAAAUCGCCUUGGAUCGUUUUGAUAGCUCAGAAGCAGAGUCUCUAAAAUACAGAAAAAAGUUGGAAGCCAUGAAAAUUCAAUAAAAAGUUAUGAGCACUUUAAAGACACCCUUUUAUCAUUAUCAUGAAAAGGGAAGAUUUAGAAAUGAUCUAUUUCCUAAGGAAUGGACCAUUUUCCAUGGUGUCAAAUGAGAUUGAUAUAUUACAACAAUUAGCAUAUCACAUCAAGUAUUUUAGCUCA